AUGGAUAAGGGAAACGGCACCCCAGUAACAGAAUUUAUUCUUGUGGGUCUAUCAGAGAUUCCUGAGCUCCAGCAAUAUCUUUUUUGCAUCUUUUUGUGCAUCUAUAUCAUCACUGUACUCGGAAAUGCCUCCAUUAUCCUUAUAUAUAAAUUCAGUCUCAGCCUGCACACCCCCAUGUAUUUUUACCUCAGUAACUUUUCCUUUCUUGAAAUCUGUUACGUUUCGACAAGCUCUCCGAAAAUGCUGCAAAAUAUGUUAGCUGAGAAAAAAAGAAUAUCCUUUUAUGGCUGUUUUACCCAGAUCUACGGCAUUGUGCAUCUGGCUGGCACAGAGUUCUAUGUGCUUGCAGCCAUGGCUUAUGAUCGAUACAACGCUAUAUGCCACCCUCUCUUGUACAGGAUCAUUAUGAAUAAAGCUGUCUGUAUUAAGCUUCUUGUUGGCUCAUGGGUUAUUGGUGCCGCCAAUGCUCUUGUUCAUACGUUACUUACACACACCUUGUCUUUCUGUUCCAAUAAAGUGAAUCAUAUUUUCUGUGAUGUCCCACCUUUGCUGAAACUUGCAUGCACAGACACCUGGAUAAAUGAAAUCGUCAUGUAUAUUAUUGGCGGUUCUGUUACUGGCGGUGCGUUUAUACUGAUAAUCAUUUCUUACAUACAGAUCAUCUCAACGAUUCUGACAAUCCAUUCAGCAACGGGCAGGAAGAAGGCUUUCUCCACUUGCACUUCUCACUUGACAGUUGUGACGAUAUUUUAUGGCUCCAUCUUCUUUAUGUACUUAAGGCCAAAAUCAAGUUAUGCUAUGCAUCACGAUACGGUGGUCGCUAUCAUGUAUACCAUCAUAGCUCCGCUGCUAAACCCUUUUAUAUAUAGUCUAAGAAACAAUGAUGUAAAAUCUGCUGUGAGAAAAUUACUGAAUAGAAGGAAAUUAGCCUGGAAAUAA